AUGUUCAGUCCUUUACUCCGCGUGCUCGCGCUGUCGUGUUUUAACAUCAGGCUCGCGGGCGUCCGUGCGUCACGACAGGAGAACUCACCAUGGUUCAUCGGCUGCUGCGUAUGCGCCAGUGGCUCCUCUUCCCUCUUCCCACUCCAUGAUGAACCCACGGGUGUCCGUGACCUUGACCCGGUGAGCUGCUCUGUGCGCUGCCUGGAUGAAGGUGUGCUGCACUGUCCUGUCGCAGGUGAACCUGGGACAGUGGCUCUCUACAGGACUGCAGGGCCGUUUCUGCACACCGUGAGUCUGUCCACCUCAUCAGAGAGAGUCCCGGCUGGGAAGACGUUUGUCCUAGAAGUUUCUGGAAAGCUGGCCGGACGCCCUGACCAGCCCACAGGGAUUCAGAGUCGGGCAGGUCAGGACUUCUCUUACGUCACAGUGGAGUUCCUGGGCGUGACCCCUAAAGUUCAAAGUUCACGUCAUGUCAGCUUGUUGGAUGACGGCUCUUUCUCCGUGUCAAGUGAAUGGUUUUUGCAAACUCCGGGAAAAUAUCAAAUUACAGGACGUUAUAAUGUCACAGUUAAGGCUGGCAACUGGACCUUGUUUCAAACACACGUCCUGGUUCAGGAUCCAGUGGGAGAGCUGGUGCUGAGCGUGCCUCGUGUGAUCAGGCCAGAUCACAGACAACCGGUGUCAUUCAGCGUGGCAGCAGGGUCUGACAUGACUGUGUCUCUGCUGGUGAAUGCAACACAGGUGUACAGAAACUGCACAUACGCUGCAGGGGAAGAGGUGACGGUGGUUUUGCUUUUCGACCACACCGGGGCCUCUGUGGUGGAGCUUCGAGCUGAGAAUCGAGUGUCUUCUCAGAACAAGAGCGUGAGGCUGUGCGCCGAGGGGGACGGGAAGUCGUUGCUGCAAGUUAGAGCUAAUCCAAACUGGCAGCCACCCGCCACUCAGAGUCCUGCAAACAGUGAGGUGGUGCAGAUUUUUGCAGCAAUGUCAGCUUAUCUCACAAAUAAAGAUAUCACCUUCCUGGCUGUGGCCGAUCCACCAGACAAUGCAGAGUUCACCUGGCAUUUUGGAGACUCCACAUCCGUCAGAACCACCUCCAGAACAGUCACCAAGAGAUACCACAAACCUGGAAAGUUUGCUGUGGUUGUGGUGAUGUCGGCCGGUCAGACGUCCAUCACCUCUGCGGUGUUUCCUCUGAUCGUCCAGAGAGCAGUGAAGCUCAACAGGCUGGUCCACCAGCCCUCGGUCCUACAGAACCAGACAGUGAAUGUGAGUUGUCGGGUGAAUGUCGGGACAAACCUCACCUUCCUGUGGAGCUUUGGAGACGGAUCAUGCAUCAGGCUGGGACAGAGCACAGAGCAGCAUGUCUUCCACAGAACAGGGGAGUUCACAGUGGAAGUGACUGUGUCUAACCUGGUCAGCUCAGCCUCACUAAAGAGUCAUAUCUUUGUUGUGGAACAACCAUGUCAGCCUCCACCGGUUAAAAACAUGGGUCCUCUGAAACUACAGGUACAAAGGUACGAGGUUAUCCGCUUGGGAGUGACCUAUGACACUGAACUGGACUGCGACUCAUCAGGAGGCCUUCACUACACGUGGACACUGCUGGACUCUGCGGGCCGGUCACUUCAUUUGCCUUUGACAGACACUCACAGACAGAGUCUCACACUGCAGAGCUACUUCUUACAGUAUGACACCUACACUGCCACAGCCAGGGUCCAGGUCAUUGACAGUGUGGUGUACAGUAACUAUAGUGUGAAAGUUCAGGUGAUGCCUAGCUCUCCGGUGGCCGUUAUCCAAGGUGGCACCAACGUCUUCAUCAACAACAGAAACACCACCAUCAUAACUCUGGACGGGCAGCGAUCGUACGACCCCGACUUCCCAAAGAACCCACUCAGCUACAGCUGGACAUGUAAACCACUCAGCUCCAUCACUACCUCCUGUUUCCAUCAACGCAUUUCCACUUCCUCCCCCGUGCUCACAUUUGCCGUCAGUCUCUUAAAGUGCAACUUUGACCAGUUCCAGUUCACGCUGACCGUGCAGAGCGCAGAGCGAUCGGCUUCCGCAGAGACUUUCCUCACAGUCGCACCACAUGUGCUCGGGAAGCUGUCACUUUCCUGCCCGCGUUGCCAAGGAAACCAGGUGAGCUGGGACUGGUCCUUCUCUGUGAGCACCUCUUGUGAAGACUGUGAUGUUUCCCCACAUCACAUCCAGUACAGCUGGAGUCUGUACCUGGUCAAUGCCUCCUCUAAACAUGUCGUAGAAGUCCCAUUUUGUCACACUGUGGAUCUCAGUGCUCCUUCCACAAUCAGUGAGGGACCUGCAGAGCAACUUCAGACUCCUGAGAUUUCCAGCCUGCCUGACUCACACUACAAUGCAGCUCCUCUCUUGACAGAGAUCACCUCAGAAAGUGAAGCCACAAAACUAAAUCUGGGCCACACUGACACUGGGACAUCAUCAGAGACGAGCAGAGACAUGUCAAAUAAAGCAGCUGAAGCGUCUAUUCCAGGUUCAGAUUAUGACGUUCCCUUCCCGAGUGCAGAGGAAGGAGAGCCGGGGAGUUCAGCGGGAAGACCCACAGGUGCGGACGGUGAGACCUUCAGCCUGGGAGACGACUCAGCGUUCGAUCCAGCAGCACACGAAGGCGACGGCAGUAACCUGUUGGUUUCCAGACCCUCUGUCGUGACUCAGCAGCCAACUUUGCUGGAUUUACCCCGAGACCCAGUGGACAGAGUCCUUUUUGAGUCCUACACAUACACAGGAAUUUCCUCCCCCGUGCUCAGUGUCAGACCCUUCAGUCUGAGGCCGGGGAGCAGAUACAUGCUGGAGCUCACUGCCAAGUCUCAUGACAGAUCUGUGGGUCGAACUCAGCUGUUCUUGGAAACCAAGUCCGUCCCAGAAGGUGCCAGGUGCCAGGUGCAGCCAGUCAUGGGGAGCGAGUUGCACACACACUUCAGCGUCUUCUGCACCUCGGGGAAGGAGGAUUUACUGUAUGAGUACAGCUUCAGUGUCGGAGGAAAACAACCCAGGGUGCUGUACCACGGAAGAGAUUUCCAGUAUUAUUUCAACCUUCCUUCAGGUGACCCCAGUGAUGAUUAUAAAGUAACAAUUUAUACAGAAAUCAGAAGCAGCACAUACGGAACAACCACGAAACCCUGUCCUGUCACUGUCCAAGUCCAGCCUGGCUUCCUCAGAGACACUUCACCUCUUCAUGAUGAUCCUGAUCUGGAGCUGUCAGGUUCAGGUCUGAGGAACCUGUCAGCUCUAGUGAAGCUCGGGAACAGUCGGGAGAUUGGUAACUACAUCAGUCUACUCUCCAGCGUCCUGAACAGACUUAGCCUGGAUACCGAGGCCAACACACAAGCACAGAGACAUGUACGCUGUGUGUUAAUUUGCACGCUGUGUGAGCUCAAGAGCGGUGAUCAGGCUUCAAUCCUGGACAGCGUCUCCACGCUCAAAGACCUUCUACAAGUCACAAAUCAAGUGACUUUAUCCAGUGUGAGACAUGUGACACUUCACAUUCAGGCUGUCUCAUACCUGUUUGUGGAGUCCAGCACUGCAGCCACAUAUCACCUGGACCAUAAGACGCUCAGCACCUUGGUCGUCCUCCUUUCCUACAACUUGCAGGCUGCUGUCACAAAUCGGGACUUCACGCCUGAAAUGCACAACUCAGAUAACAUUACACAUGUGCGUGAAUCAGACUCACACAAUUGCUGCAUACGAGCUUCAGCCACCGGUGAUCUCAUCGCAGGAGGAUUGACCUCAGCAGAGCAGACGAGGCGCCUUGUUGUGGACGUUCUGCAGACUGCGUCAGACCUGAUGCUGACGUAUAUUCUGUUCCACAAGGUCCAGCAGCACAGAGUCAGCACAGAUCUCCUCACGUUAUACGCCACGUACCAAAACCAAACCUCCCCAGUGAUCAGCAGCGGCUCCACCACCUUCUACAUCCCCGCUUCUCUCGUCCAGCUUCUGUUUGUUCAUCACAGCAGAGCGACAGAGAGCAGGCAGCGUCCGCCUUGUGUGCUCGGCCUGCUGACCGAGCUCGCCACCGACCCUUACACCUCCACCCGCCGUCCCACACAGUUCAGUGGACCAGUGGUUGACCUGAGUCUGUACAAGUGCAACACGAGGAGGAAGAUCCCUGUUCGAUCCCUUGUUCUGCCAGUCAGCGUCCAGCUGCGACAUCCACCAGGAAACAGGAGCUCUGUGCACGAGCACGUCCUGGUCCACACGCAGGUCAACUACCACAGCUUCAACCUCACCCAGGACCAUUUGCAUCAGGCCGUGCAGUUGAGCGUGGAGUUCACGCCGCCGCCCAACAAAGUGUUUCCCGUCAUGCUGCUCUUCAGGAUGUUUGAAAAGCCGACUCCCAGCAUGCAUCACCUGCGCAGGAUUCAUGACUGGGAGAGCGACAGCAUUUGCAUCACUUUGCCCCCGUCGUACCUAAACGCAGCAGGGGUCGGUCACCUGGCACUGCUGAACGCAGAGUUUGGAAAAGCGCGCAGACACAAGCACCUGAGUGAACAGAUCAGCUACACUCUCACCGUGGUCAGCAGCCAGUGUUUGUCCUGGGAUGACCACCAGGGGGCCUGGACUCACCGUGGCUGCAGGACACAGCGAGGAGACACAACGUCUGCUGUCAACUGCAGUUGUCACCAGUUGAGGCCACUGACAGUGGUGCAGCACCACAUCCAGAGCAGCAAUGACACAUCCAGUCUGGAGCCAUUCCUGAGUGUGUCCCAGGAUCUCACCGUGCUGGCUGUGCUGGUGCUGUGCGCGUGCCUGUGCCUCCCAGCGUCGGUGGCGUGCAGGAGAGCAGACGCCGACAACGAGAAGCACCGGAGAGUCCACUAUCUCUCUGACAACUCUCCAUUUGACCCAUGUCUUUAUGCUGUGACCAUCCACACUGGCCUCUGCUCUGCAGCCACUAUGACUUCAAAGGUGUUUACGUCACUGUACGGUGAAGACGGAGUCUCCCACACAAAGGAACUACAGGUCCCAGGGUGCACUCUGUUCAGAAGGAACUCUCAAGACACAUUCUUACUCAGUGCAGCAGAGAGCUUGGGAUCUAUGUGGGGGGUUCACAUCUGGCACGACGGCUCUGGACCGUCGCCAGACUGGUACCUGAAACACGUGGAGGUGUCUGAGGUGAGCAGACGUGCUUGGCUGUUCCUCGGUCAGUGCUGGCUGGCUGUGAACAAAUGUGACGGCCAGGUGGAGAGGAUGCUGCGUGUCUGUACCCACGGACUAGGCUUUGCUGAGAUGUUACGUUUUAAAUUAUCCGACCUCUUGGCCGACUUCCACAUCUGGAUGUCUGUGUACAGCUGCCCCUGCCCUAGCUUGUUCACACAUGCUCAAAGACUUGGUGUGUGUCUGCUACUGCUGUUGGGUUACUCGUGCGUCGACGCGGUGAUCAUAUCACAAAUGGACGAUCAGUUGCCGUUCGAGUUGGGCUUUCUCGACGUAUCAGCGGUCUCUGUGGCAACCGGACUAUUAAGUGUGGUGGCAGUGUUGCCCGGGGCAACGGGGAUAUCUUGUCUAUUUCGACUGCGUGAGGUCAAGCGGAGGAGGUCAGGAGUCCAGCAGGGGAAAGGGAGAAACACUGAAAAGGGUUUUGUUGAAGAAUCUCUUUCGGUAAAUGACAGUGUCGCCCAUGCCUCCUGGAACAAACUUGAGCAGUGGCUACAGGACGCCUGGAGGAAAACAUACCAGGGCACAGAUGGGCUCCCGUUGUCCGCUACGAUUCUGGAAAAUAAAGACACAGAUAAAGAACGUGUAAACCGACCAGAUGUGAUCAUAACAAAGGAGGAUGAUCCAGCAGUCAAGAGCAGUCUGGUACUUCAGCAUUUGACGUCGCGCUCGAAGCAGGUUGACGAUCAUGAAACAACGCAAGGAAAACAGCUUGAUCCAGCAGAUGUUCUGUCCAGAAUGAAAGAUGAAGAUCACAUCGUUCAGAAUGAGAAAGUAGAUCCUGGAGGAAAAUGUCGUUAUCAUGCAACCGACAAACUGAAAGGGAGAAGAAAUGGAGCAGCAACCCGGUGGUGUCACCGUUUGGCUUGGACUCUCUGUCUGCUGUUGUGCCUUUGCUGUCUGGUGCUCUCUGCUCUGCUGGGAAUGAGAUUUAGCAGCAGCAAACGUAUGCUUUGGAUACACUCCCUUUUCUUCUCGCUGGUGUUUUGCAUCUUCGUCAUCCAGCCAGCUGUGAUAGUCGCCGUGGCAGCGACUGUCUCUUUUUGGCACAGAAAAAGAGCAGAUUUCCAUUCUUUCUCCAGAAUUGAAGAGUUUGAAGUAGACCUGUGCUGCUGUACUGAUGCUGAUGGACCAGAGAAGCAGUUCAAGCCUCAGGAAACAUGUUCAGACUUGGAGCAGCUGCUUGCCGCUCGUCAGCGAGCUCGCUACCUGCGUCUCGUACACCCACCGACUCCAGCAGAGCUGAGGAGAAGUCGGGGGAGGAAAAGAAGGGGGACUCUCAUUCACAACACCCUCAGGGAUUUGUGUGUCUGUGUCUCCAUGAUUGUCCUGAUGCUGUGUGUAACACACGGCAGCUCAUUCAGUGACCAUUACCACCUCAACCAAGCUGUAAGAAAACACUUUAUAAGGAAUAAUGAGAAUUGUGACUUUAUGUCCAUACAAAACCAUGAGGACUGGUGGAGGUGGAUACAGACCAAGCUGCUAAAUGUGUUGUAUAAGAACACAUCAACAAUAAAUGAGCAAUCCCACAUCUUGAUUGGAGAACCCAUCCUGUGGAAGACGGGGAUUUACAGCUCGUUACAGGAGCAUUCUCUUUUCCCAGACUCCACUGCUACAGUUCCCACAGUAACGCCCAUGAGGACGUGUGGCCACCUGGGCUGCUACGCUGGGCACAGCACUGCGUUUGGCCUCGGCCACACUAAGUCUGACGCUGCAAGCAGACUGACUCUCCUGCGCUCAGAUGGCUGGUUGGACAGACGGACGGUGGCCCUGAAGGUCCAGUUUACCUUGUUCAGCCCUGCACCCAACUUAUACACCAGUGUGACCCUGCUCACUGAGCAGAGCCCCACUGGUGUCCUGAUGCCCUCUUCUAAAGUCCAGUCAGUGAGGGUUUAUUCCACUCCUGCUGUGUGGGACUAUGUUGUCAUGGUGUGCCAGCUCGUUUUCCUCCUGUUGUCUCUUCUGCAAUUCUGUCUUCAAAUGUGCACUUUGAUGCAGCAAGGGCUGAUGGGAUACUGGAAGACGCCCUGCAACUGGCUGGAAGUCGCUCUGCUGACAGUGACACUCGUGCGCUGUGUUUAUUACGCCCAUCACUCCAUCGUCAUCACGGACGCCGCCGAGCUUCUGCAGAGACGCAACGGACAUGUUGACGUCAGCUUCUUGGCGUCCUGGGAACAAGACAUUCGUACUCUCUGUGGCUUGACACUUUUCCUUCUCACCCUGAAGUGUGUGACUGUGUUGAGGGGGAACGAAACCUUGGCGUCCUCUGCCACGCUGUUCACCCGCUCACUCUGCAGCCUCUGCUGGCCCAUGGUUUCAGGUCUGAUCCUACUGGUGGCACUGUCCUGUGCAGGAAAUCUUCUGUUUGUGCAGCGGUCCUGGGCUUUCAGCUCUAUUCCCCGCUCGCUCCAGACUCUGCUCUGUCGCUGUGGGGGUGUCAGACCCCUCAGGAGCCUCCUUCUCUCUGGACGGGAUUUUCUGUUCUGUGGAACGCUUUAUCUGUCUUCCACUAUGGUGUGGACAGCAGUGGUAAUAGCUGUGGUGUCCACGUUGGUGCGAAGAUCCAGAAGAUCUGAGAGCAGGAGGGACACAGUCUUCACUGUGGCAGAAAUGGGAAGCUACAUCACACAGAGGCUUUCUGAGUUUGUUUUGAAGCGUGAACCAAAAUGGAUUGACGAUCACGUGGAGAGCAGGACUUUCUACCUUGAAGAGUUUGAAAGCCUGGUAGAUGAGCUGCUGUUCAGACUCAACGCUCUCUCUAACUGCCUGCACCAUACUCUGCCUCCGAAACUCCAUCAUGACGCGGAAGAGGAGGAGGAGGACAGUCCCAUCGCGUCACCCACGCAGGAAGCCCUCAGCAUGGACACAUGGGACUUUGGAGGAGCACAAAUGGCAGAGGAGAAACUCAGGUCCAUGCUUGAACUAGAGAUGCUGCAGUGUUUGCAGCAGAAAAGCCAACAGAGAAACACUUCAGACACCAUUGUGGCAUCUACUAACCAGCAGCAACCUGAGGAAAGAGAAGAAGAUCCAGGACUAAACAGGCCGUCCUUCCCAGAGUCAGCAUCAGUCAUCGAGAUGUGGACAGAAGAUGUUAUGGAGACGCAAGACGGCCACCGGAUUAACACAAAUGACAGCUGCUGGAUAAGCAAAACUCAGGCCACCCAUACUGAGGUGGUGGUGGAGGUUCUGGUACAUGACGAGCCUGGAGAUGCAGAGUCAGAUACAGGAGGGCCCAUACAUCUGAAAUAGUUCAGGUUGAAACUCUGCAGUGCAAAUAAUCUACAUUGUAAGAGCUUCUCUUCUUUAAGAUGUAGCCUACAUUACAUACACGUUCAGCAACAUAUUUUCCUAAUUUCUCUGACUUGAGCAAAUUGAAAUUAAAAUAA